ACUUUUGAUCGGCCACGUAAAGAAAGUGCCAGUCAGUCGGUACCUUGUAUAUGUGUUUGUAGGUGAUACCCAGCGUCCCAAGACACCGACGUACAGCUCCACGAGCCCUCGUCAUGAAUUAUUAGAUUUCAUGAAUUUGUGGACCAGGGCACCAUUUAAUGGUCAUCCAACGAUGGCGUAGGUUUCACGGACAUGACCACUGUCUUCACUUUUAUCUAAAGUGACAUCAUGCCGCGUCGGAAGAAGGAACUUCAAUCAAGUGAUGAUGAUGACACAAAAAUUCAAAAACCUCUUCAAAGGAAUGCAGCAAAUGCGCGUGAACGGUCACGCAUGCGAAUACUCAGUAAAGCGUUUGUGAAAUUGAAAACUACCCUACCUUGGGUACCCGCUGACACGAAACUAUCUAAGCUGGACACUCUCCGUCUCGCAUCUAGUUACAUCGCUCACCUUCAACAGGUACUGGACACAGAGGAGGAGGAAGGGGCAGAAUUACCCUCAUUCCAUCCCCUUAACCUGACCUGGCCAUUCAGUUUUACCGGAGGAAAGACGAGUCCAAGUUCAGAUGGCAAGUCUCCUGAUCACAUGAAAUCCCACAUGGACCACGAUGAUAUGUCCAACUGCAGUGACAUGUUGAUAUGACGUCACUUCCGGCAGAGGAAGGAAGGAGACACAUGACAAUGAACGAUAUAAAAAGGUGUGAAUUAAGACCUGAAAUCCAUGUCGGCCGACUACAGUUAUAUACAAACAAGACAAUUCAAUGUUAACACUGUUUAAGGCUGUGGAAACUGUUAUUUAUUACUACUCAUUGAAAAUGAAUAUAAUCUAGAAUUAAUACAUUAUAA